ACGAAACCGGGCGACGUGUGCUGGCCAAGCGAGUACGCCGCCCCUCCCUCCUCCCCUGCCCACAAGGAAGAUGGCGGAGGCGUGGGCUUCACGCGCCUCCGCCACGCGGGUGGGCGCUACCACGGCAGGAGGGGGGGGGGAGAGGAGGAGCCGGGCGGGCGGACCAUCGGGGCAGCCGGGAGCCAUGUUGGGGCUGCGAGAAAAGGAGGAGGCGGCGGAGGCGGAGGAGAAGGGGGCGGCCAAGAGCUGGGAGACGAUGCCGCCGGUGCCGAUGCCGAUGCCGCCGCCUCCGAGGAGCAGCCGGCCCCGCAGGGAGGAGGCAUCCGCGUGGAGGUAGAAGGGGCGGCGAAGGGGACCGGAAGGAAAGGAGGGGCCCGGGCCGGGGCCAUGGCUGCAGCGCCGCUCGCCGGACCGGGACCGGGACCGGGACCCAGCCGCCUCUUCCUCCUCUUCUGCCGGGGGCUCCUGCCGCUGCUUCUCCGCCUGCUCCCUUUGUCUCCGCUCCGCCGGGGGGCCCGCGGGAUACGGGAUAGGGCGGGAGGCGCCUCCUUCUCCUUGCGCCCGGGCUGUGCGGAGGGGGCCUUGAGGAAGAGGGGAAAGACCCGGCGCCUGGAGCAGGGGAACAACGCUGCUUCUCCUCCUCCUCCUCCUCCUGCUCCUCCCGCUCUCCUUCCGGAGCCCCCUCUCGGAGGGGACGCCAAGCCCGGGGAGAAGGCGGCAAAGGAUGCCAAGGCGGCAGACAGCCCGGUGGGGCCCUCGCCGACGUCCCGCCUGGGAGCCUGGACCAAGCCCUUUCCGGCUCGCUCUCCCGCAAGGAUGCGCCCGGCCGCCUUCCCGUGCCCGGGCUGGCCCGCUUCGCGCCGGGCCCUCCUCCUCCUCUUCAUCCUCCUCUUCCUGACCGGCCUCCAGCUCUGCGCGGGGCAGGCAGCGCUCCCCGGCCCUUCUCCUCCUCCUCCUCCUCCUCGUCCGCCCUGCUGCUGGGACUUCCCAGAGCCAGGCUGCCAACGCGCCAGGACGGCGAUCUCGGAGGCGGGCUUCCUUUCAGCACCACCGGCGCCGCGGACAGCGCCAGGCGCCGCGCAGAGAAUUCCGCCUCGUCCCUGCCUCGCUCUGCCCUCCUUUGACUCCCGCCAAGGCUGCUCGCAGACUCUUUGUUUUGGCGGGGAUUUCCGGUUCUUCCCUCCCUCCCCAUUGAACCCCCCUCUCCCAGCUCUGCAGAAGGGGUUCAGGGCUUGUGCCAAGAGGAGGAGGAGGAGGAGAGAGGGAGCCUUGCCCAGGACAAGGCGGGCUGCCAACCGGCACCCCAUUUUCCCCCAGUAUAACUACCAGGUCCAAGUGGCUGAAAACCAGCCUCCGGGGACUCCUGUGAUCACUAUGGCGGCCCAAGACCCCGAUCCCGGGGAGGCUGGGAGGCUGCUGUAUUCCAUGGAUGCCCUGAUGAACAGCCGCUCCCUGGAGUUGUUUAGCAUCGACGCCCAGAACGGCCUCAUCAGCACCACGGAGGCCUUGGACCGAGAAAGCAUGGACCUGCACUACUUCCGAGUCACGGCCACAGACCGGGGCCAGCCUCGGCUCUCCACCACCACCAUGGUGGCCAUCACGGUAGCCGACAGGAAUGACCAUGACCCCAUCUUCGAGCAGGGCGAGUACCGAGAAACCAUCCGGGAGAACGUGGAAGAAGGCUACCCCAUCUUGCAGCUGAGGGCCACCGACGUGGACUCCCCACCCAACGCCAACAUCAGAUAUCGCUUUGUCAAUGAGCAGGCGGCCCACUCCGUCUUUGAGAUCGACUCAAGGUCAGGACUGAUCACCACAAGUGGGCAAGUGGACAGGGAGAAGCUGGAGAAGUAUUCCCUGGUGGUGGAGGCAAAUGACCAAGGGAAGGAUCCCGGGCCCCGCUCGGCCACGGUGAGUGUCUACAUCACAGUCCUUGAUGAGAACGACAACGUCCCACAGUUCAGUGAGAAGAGGUACAUUGUCCAAGUCAGAGAGGAUAUAAGACCUCAUUCGGAAAUUUUGAAAGUUACGGCCACCGAUUUGGACAAAGACAACAAUGCUUUGGUUCAUUACAACAUCAUCAGUGGGAACAGCAGGGGUCAGUUCUCCAUUGACAGUGUGACUGGAGAAAUCCAAGUAGUGGCUCCUUUGGAUUUUGAAGUGGAGCGAGAAUACGCCCUGAGGAUACGGGCCCAGGAUGCAGGGCGCCCUCCUCUGUCCAACAACACCGGUAUGGUUAGCAUCCAAGUUGUGGACAUCAACGAUCACACCCCCAUUUUUGUCAGCACUCCUUUCCAGAUAUCUGUCUUGGAAAAUGCCCCUUUUGGCCACUCAGUGAUCCACAUCCAGGCUGUGGACGCAGAUUACGGAGAGAAUUCCCGCUUGGAGUACAAGCUCUCUGGCACCUCACCCAACACCCCCUUUGUGGUGAACAGCGCCACUGGCUGGAUUACUGUGAGUGGCCCCUUGGACCGGGAAACAGUGGAGCACUAUUUCUUUGGGGUAGAAGCCCAAGACCAUGGCUCCCCAUCUCUUUCAGCUUCUGCCAGUGUCACCAUCACUGUAAUGGAUGUGAAUGAUAAUCGGCCUGAAUUUACCCAGAAAGAGUAUUUCAUCCGUCUCAAUGAAGAUGCCACUGUGGGGACCAGUGUCCUCAGUGUCACAGCAAUUGACAGGGAUGUGAAUAGUGCCAUCAGCUACCAGAUAACAGGUGGGAACACACGGAACCGUUUUGCUAUCAGUACUCAGGGGGGAAUGGGACUAAUCACCCUUUCUUUGCCUUUGGAUUACAAACAAGAGAGGCGCUUUGUGCUCACAGUGACUGCCUCCGACCGGACUCUGCAUGACAACUGCCAUGUCCAUGUCAACAUUACCGAUGCCAACACGCACAGGCCAGUAUUCCAGAGUGCUCAUUACUCAGUAAGUGUGAAUGAAGAUCGUCCUGUAGGAAGCACCGUGGUUGUGAUCAGUGCCACUGACGAUGAUGUUGGGGAAAAUGCCCGGAUUACCUAUUACCUGGAGGAUAAUAUUCCUCAGUUUCGAAUUGAUGGUGAUACUGGUGCCAUCACUUUGCAGGCUGGACUGGAUUACGAGGAUCAGGUGACUUACACACUGGCCAUCACAGCCAAAGAUAAUGGGAUCCCUCAGAAAGCCGAUACAACCUAUGUUGAAAUCAUGGUCAACGAUGUCAAUGACAAUGCCCCUCAAUUUGUUAGUGCUCACUACCAGGGCAUCAUCUCAGAGGACAGCCCUCCCUUCACAAGUGUACUCCAGAUUUCAGCCACUGAUCGGGAUGCUCAAGCCAAUGGACGGGUCCAGUAUACAUUCCAAAAUGGAGAGGAUGGGGAUGGGGAUUUCACAAUAGAACCCACCUCCGGGAUUAUUCGCUCUGUCCGUAGGCUGGACCGGGAGAGUAUCCCAGUCUAUGAACUCACUGCUUAUGCUGUGGAUAGAGGGAUCCCUCCUCAAAGAACUCCUGUCCACAUUCAAGUCACUGUGCAGGACGUGAAUGACAAUGCUCCUGUCUUCCCAGCUGAGGAUUUUGAGGUUUUAGUGAAGGAAAAUAGCAUUGUGGGCUCUGUUGUGGCCCAGAUCACAGCCGUUGACCCAGAUGAGGGACCCAAUGCUCAGAUCAUGUACCAGAUUGUGGAAGGCAAUAUCCCUGAGAUUUUCCAGAUGGAUAUAUUUUCAGGUGAGCUCACUGCUCUAAUCGACUUGGACUAUGAGACCAAGUCAGAGUAUGUCAUCGUCGUCCAGGCCACUUCAGCACCACUUGUCAGCAGAGCCACUGUCCACAUCAAGCUCAUUGACCAGAAUGAUAAUAGCCCUGUUCUUAAAAAUUUCCAGAUCCUUUUUAAUAACUACGUUUCCAACAAAUCCAACACCUUCCCUUCAGGGAUUAUAGGGAGGAUCCCUGCCUAUGACCCAGAUGUGUCAGAUAAACUAUUCUACACCUUUGAACGAGGGAAUGAGCUGCACUUGUUGAUCAUCAAUCAGACGAGUGGGGAUCUCAGGCUGAGCCGUAAACUGGACAACAAUCGUCCCUUGGUAGCAUCUAUGCUGGUCACUGUCACAGAUGGCAUCCACAGCGUGACAGCCCAGUGUGUCCUGCGUGUCAUCAUCAUUACCGAGGACAUGUUAGCCAACAGUAUAACAGUGCGCCUGGAGAACAUGUGGCAGGAGCGCUUCCUUUCACCCCUUCUGGCAAACUUCCUUGAGGGCGUGGCUACCGUAUUGGCCACACCCAAGGAAGAUGUUUUCAUCUUCAACAUCCAGAAUGACACAGAUGUUGGAGGCCAAGUGCUGAAUGUCAGCUUCUCUGCCAUGGCCCGCCGUAGCGGCCAUUUCUUCAGUUCGGAGGAGCUUCAGGAGCAGCUGUACAUGAAGCGUAUGACCUUGACCUCAGUCUCCAUGUUGGAGGUCCUGCCCUUUGAUGACAAUGUUUGUCUUCGAGAGCCUUGCCAGAACUACAUGAAAUGCAUUUCUGUGCUCAAAUUUGACAGUUCUGCUCCUUUCAUUGCCUCCCUUUCCACUCUCUUCCGCCCCAUCCACCCCAUCACGGGCUUGCGCUGCCGUUGCCCUCAGGGUUUCACAGGUGACUACUGUGAAAUGGAGAUCAACCUCUGCUACUCCAACCCUUGUCAUAAUGGUGGUGUCUGUACUCGCAAAGAGGGUGGCUACACCUGCAUCUGCCGCCAGCAUUUCACAGGCGACAACUGCGAGGUGGAUAGUCGGGCAGGACACUGUGUCCCCGGUGUGUGUAGGAAUGGAGGAACCUGUACCAACUUGGCAGAUGGUGGUUUCCAGUGCCAGUGUCCUCCUGGGGGCUUUGAGAAGCCUUACUGUGAAGUUUCUACACGCUCCUUUCCCCCAAAGUCUUUUGUCAUGUUUCGAGGACUGCGCCAGAGAUUCCACUUGACGUUCUCCCUCUCAUUUGCCACCAUGGAAAGUGGUGGCCUCCUAAUCUACAAUGGACGCCUAAAUGAGAAGCAUGACUUCCUUGCUGUAGAGAUUGUGGAUGAGCAGGUUCAGCUGAAGUACUCCACAGGUGAGUCAAGCACCAUUGUCACUCCGUAUGUUCCAGGAGGUGUGAGUGAUGGGCAAUGGCAUACAGUGCAGCUUCACUAUUACAACAAGCCCAAGAUCAGCUCCUUGGGCUCGGUGCAAGGACCUUCCAAAGAAAAAGUGGCCAUCCUAAUAGUGGACAAAUGUGAUGCAUCCAUGGCACUGCAGUUUGGAAGUGAGAUUGGGAACUACUCCUGUGCAGCAGAGGGUGUGCAGUCCAGUUCCAAAAAGUCAUUGGACCUCACUGGGCCUUUGCUUCUUGGAGGGGUCCCCAAUCUGCCUGAGAAUUUUCCCGUGGAGCACAGGGAAUUUGUGGGGUGCAUGAGAGAUCUGUACAUUGACAGUAAGCGCAUUGACCUGGCUUCCUACAUUGCAAACAAUGGAACCUCCACAGGUUGCCAUGCCAAGCACUCCUACUGUGAUUCAAACCCUUGCAAGAACAGUGGCACCUGCAUUGUGGGCUGGUCAUCCUUCACUUGCGAGUGCCCAAUAGGCUUUGGAGGCAAGGACUGCAGACAUGCUAUGCAUCAUCCCCAUCAUUUCCAUGGCAACAGCAUUCUUUUCUGGGAUUUCAAGAAUGAGAUGAAGAUCUCCACACCUUGGUAUAUGGGCCUGGCAUUUCGGACACGCCAGCUGAACGGAGUGUUACUUCAGGCCCACGCCGGCCAGUUUGUCACCAUACGCUGCCAGCUGGACUCUGGGCUGCUCUCCUUCAUGGUGAACAGAGGUUCUGGACGCACCACAAAACUCCUUCUGGAUCAAAUGCAGCUGAACGAUGGAGCAUGGCAUGAUCUUCAGCUGCAGCUCCAGGAUAUACGCAGUGGCCAAGAUGCUCGCUAUAUCGUCACCCUCAACCUGGAUUUUGGAUCCUACCAGGACACUGUUGUGGUUGGCAAUGAGCUGCAUGGCUUGAAGGUGAAGCAUCUCCAUGUUGGGGGAAUCUUAGAGUCUGGUAAAGUGCACCAUGGUUUUGCAGGCUGCAUCCAGGGCGUGCGCCUGGGGGGCACAGCCACUGGGACUGCAUUACCCAAGCCCAGCAGCACUUUGAACGUGGAGGCAGGAUGCACAGUGCCCAACCCUUGUGACUCCAACCCUUGCCCUGCUAACAGUAUAUGUCAGGACAAGUGGCAAAGCUAUUCCUGUGUAUGCCAGCCAGGGCACUAUGGCAGGAGCUGUGUUGAUGCCUGUCAUCUGAACCCGUGCAAAAAUAAGUCAUUGUGUCGGAAGAGGCCUGGUGCUCCCCAUGGCUAUGUCUGUGAGUGUGGAGAAAAUCACUUUGGGCAGUACUGUGAGCACAGGAUGGAUCAACAGUGUCCAAAGGGCUGGUGGGGGAAUCCAACAUGUGGGCCCUGCAACUGCAACGCAGCCAAGGGAUUUGACCCAGACUGUAAUAAAGCCAACGGGCAAUGUCACUGUAAGGAUUUCCAUUAUCAUCCCAAAGGGAGGGAUGCUUGCCUUCCCUGUGACUGCUACCCCAUUGGCUCCUCCUCGCGUUCCUGCGAUCAGGAGACAGGCCAGUGUCACUGCAGACCAGGAGUCAUUGGCCGACAGUGUAACAGUUGUGACAGUCCCUUUGCAGAGGUGACAUCCAGUGGCUGCCAAGUGCUUUAUGAUGCAUGUCCUAAGUCUCUGAAAGCUGGAGUAUGGUGGCCUCAGACCAAGUUUGGCUUGCCAGCUGCAGUGCCUUGCCCCAAAGGUUCACUGGGUUUGCGAGGUGCAGGUGCAGCCAUUCGGCAGUGUGAUGAGGAAAGAGGGUGGCUGGAACCAGAUCUGUUCAACUGCACUUCACCAGCCUUCAAGGAGCUCUCAGCUUUGCUGGAAGGUCUGGAAAGAAAUGAGACAGAACUGAACACCAUAGAAGCCAAAAAGCUGGCCCACCAACUGCGGGCCGUGACUGAUCAGAUGGAACGCUACUUUGGCAAUGAUGUUCAUAUCACCUAUCGCCUGCUCUCCCACUUGAUGGCCUUUGAGAGCAGGCAACAUGGCUUUGGUCUGACAGCCACCCAGGAUGCUCAUUUCAACGAGAACUUGUUGCGGGCUGGUAGCUCAGUGCUGGCCUUAGAGAACCAUGAGCAUUGGGACACAUUGCUGCAGAACACCCAUGGCAGUGCAGGUCUGAUGGAGCAGCUGAGAGAAUACACAAGCACCCUGGCCAGCAACAUGAAACUCACCUACCUCAAUCCAGUUGGUGUCGUGACCCCCAAUAUUGUGCUGAGCAUUGACCGUAUGGAGAAUCGCACCCACUUCAGGAGGCGCUACCCUCGCUAUCAUAGUACCCUCUUCCGUGGCCAGGCUAUGUGGGACCCACACACCCAUGUAGUGCUCCCCCUCUCAGUCCUUACACCCCACAAAGUAGGAGCUCCAACCAUGGCAGCUCCAGUACCAGCAAACAGUGAAACCAAUGGCACUGUGGAAAGUUCUCCUCAAAAGCACUCCCUUGCAGAGCCUGAGCCUGCAGUAACCAUCCUUAUCCUCAUCAUUUACCGCACCCUUGGAGGACUUCUGCCUGCUCACUAUCAGGUGGAUCGACGCAACCUCAGGUUGCCCAAAAAUCCUGUUAUGAAUUCCCCCAUAGUGAGUGUAUCGGUGUUCAGCAACCACACGUUUCUUCAGAGCACAUUGGAAAUGCCAUUAGUGCUGGAGUUUCGUCUACUUGAGACGGCCAACCGCAGCAAGCCCCUCUGUGUUCAGUGGAAUCAUUCCAGCCAGAUUGAACCCACUGGCUUCUGGACAGCACGGGACUGUGAUCUUGUGUACCGAAACACCACACAUGUCCGCUGCCACUGCUCCCAGUUUGGCACAUUUGGGGUCCUAAUGGACAGCUCCCACAGAGAGCAGCUGGAAGGUGACCUGGAGACCUUGGCCAUCGUCACCUAUUCCCUGGUGUCCAUUUCCCUGCUCUGCUUGCUGCUGACAUUUUCCUUCCUGGUCUGCCUGAAGGGUCUCAAAUCCAACACUCGAGGCAUCCACUGCAACAUCUCUGUCACUCUCUUCUUUUCUGAGCUGCUGUUCCUCCUGGGAAUCAACCACACUGAAAAUCAGUUCCUCUGCACUGUGAUCGCUAUCUUGCUCCACUAUUUCUUCCUAUCAACUUUUGCAUGGCUCUUUGUGCAAGGCCUCCAUAUUUACCGCAUGCAGACUGAAGCUCGCAACAUCAACUAUGGAGCGAUGAGGUUUUAUUAUGCCAUUGGUUGGGGCGUCCCUGCCAUCAUCACAGGGUUGUCAGUUGGCUUGGAUCCAGAGGGCUAUGGAAACCCAGAUUUCUGCUGGAUUUCCAUCCAUGAUAAGCUGGUCUGGAGUUUUGCAGGGCCUAUUGUCAUUGUCAUUGUGAUGAAUGGGGUGAUGUUUCUACUGGUGGCAAAGAUGCUGUGCUUACCAGGCCAGAAAGAAGCCAAGAGGAAAUCUGUUCUCAUGACACUGCGAAGCUCCUUCGUUCUGCUUCUAGUUAUUAGUACUGCUUGGCUCUUUGGCCUCUUGGCUAUCAACAACAGUGUCCUGGCUUUCCACUACCUCUACACUGUCCUCUGCAGCCUUCAGGGCUUAGCAGUGCUGGCUUUGUUCUGUCUGCUGAACAAAGAGGUACAGGAAGCCUGGAAAGUGGCCUGCCUUGGCAAGAAAGGUCAGAGCGAGGAAGCCACCAGAAGUGGUCAGGGCCCAAAUGCCUACAACAACACAGCCCUCUUUGAGGAGAGUGGUCUCAUCCGCAUCACUCUAGGGGCUUCCACCAUCUCCUCUGUCAGCAGUGUGCGCUCAGCCCGCACCCAUUCCAGCCAGCGAGGAUACCUCAGGGAAAACUUGAUGGCACAUCAAGGCUCAGCUCUGGAUCACAACUUGCUGAAUCAUGCUGGUCCCACUGAUCUUGACGUGGCCAUGUUUCAUCGUGAUGCAGGGCCAGAUCAAGACUCUGACUCAGACAGCGACCUCUCCUUGGAUGAGGAACGCAGCCUCUCAAUUCCAUCAUCGGAGAGUGAGGAGAAUGUGCAGCUCCGGGGCAGGUUUCAACGCCAAUUCAAAAGGGCAGCACACAGCGAGAGACUUCUCACCAAUCCUUCCAAUACUACCCCCAAAGAUGUAGAUGGUAAUGACCUGAUGUCUUAUUGGCCUGCCCUGGGUGAAUGCGAAGUUCAUCCUUGCUCCCUACAAAAAUGGGGCUCAGAGCGGAAACUUGGAUUUGAUGUUAAUAAGGAUGCUGCAAACAACAACCAGCCAGACCUGGCCUUGACCAGUGGGGAUGAGAAUUCCCUUACCCAGACACAGCGACAGAGGAAAGGCAUCCUAAAGAACCGCCUCCAGUACCCUCCAGCUUUACAAGGCUUGUCAUCUGUGGGGAGAAUGACCAAUGACCUUUCCUGGUACAAAACUUCCACCCUGGGCCACAGGGCUGUUCCUGCUGCUUCUUAUGGCAGGAUUUAUUCAGGCGCAGGCAGCCUCUCUCAACCAGCAAGUCGUUACUCUUCCCGGGAACAACUUGACAUGCUCAUGAGAAGGCAGAUGUCUAGAGACCAGUUGAGCCGAAAUGAUUCUGGUGAGUGCCUAGAAGUUAUAGGCAGCCGUCAUGGUUCCCGGGAACAACUGGACACUAUUCUGAACAGGCCAAGAUCAAGGGAGCACUUGGACACAAUCCUCAGUCGGCAUGGGUCUAGAGAGCACCUUGCAAGCAUACCCAGCAGACAUGGAUCUACAGAAAACUUAGGCGAAUUAACUACUGGACACAAUCAGAGAAAUCACUGGAACACUCUACCCAGGAGGCAGGGAUCUAGAGAUCAUCUAGACACUUUGCCCUGUAGAUUUGGGUCCCGAGAACAUCUAGACUGUGGUGGGACAGUCACAGAGAUCUCCAGAGAAUGGCUAAACACCAUGCCUAACAGACAAGUCUCUCGAGAUCGCAUGGACGCUUUGUCAAGUCGAGACACUUCUCGAGAACAGUUGGAUCUGCUUUCUAGAAGGCAGCCCUCAAGGGACCAACUAACAUCGGCUAGACAAACAUCAAGAGAGCAGCUGGACUUUUUUUCCAGAAGAUCAAAUUCCAGAGAGCAUCUGGACAUAGUGCCUGGCAGGCAGGCUCUUCGGGAAAAUCUAGAACCUCUUUCUAGACAGCAGUCUUCUAGAGAAAAUCUUGAACUUCUCUCCAGAAGGCCCCCUUCUAGAGAAAAUCUAGAAGCGGCCCCCAGCCGUCACCCCUCUACAGAGCAAUUAGACAUCCUUUCUUCCAUUCUAGCCUCUUUUAACUCCUCUGUUUUAUCUUCUGUACAAUCAUCCAGUACUCCCUCAGGCCCACAGACCACACCCUCUAUGGCACAGAUGUCCUCCACACCCUCCAUGCCCUCCAUGCCGUGCCCUUCACCACCUCGCUCUACUACUUCCCACAGUAUUUCCGAGCUGUCUCCAGACUCAGAAAUUACAAGAAGUGAGGGUCAUUCCUGAGGAGCCCAACAAUCGUUGUGAGAGCCAAGGAAAACACGGGAAUGAUUGCCAAGCCAGACACUUCCACAGAAGAUUGGGAUUCCCCCCGGGCACUUACAAGGAAAGGACUGGGUCUGAAUGGAGGCCUGAAUCAACUGUGCCUCCCUCAGCACUCAGGAGUGGAGAACUCGAGUGGUGAGAGUCAGGCAAAACGCACAGACCUGGCUGUGGAAUUAAGGUGUCUCUUGGUGCCUCCGUGCCACUCAGAGAGAGAACCCCAAAUUGGGAGGGGGGUUAACCACAACCUUAGUUACAUAUCCAAAACAGACCAAUUGAAAUCUUCCUUUCUGAAACCUUUCUAGACUCUGUGCAAACAUGAAAGGGUGGGGUGGCUGCAGAGGGAGGGUCAGGGGAAGGGUUUUAUACAUUUUUGUAUCUUUGUAAUCAGAGAAAAGAGAAAUUUCUAUGGUUAUUUUUACGGUUCUUCUGUUCCCAUUGCUGUGGUGCUGAAUUCAUUUGUCUUGGCAGUGAUAUGUCCAAACAGUGGCAAAAUGCUAUGCAGGCUUCUUCCCAGUAGGGACUGGGGUUAGAGGAAUGAGGCAAGAGAUACCCUGCCAACCCUAUGCAGAGUGUCCUUUCGGCAUAUUCUGUUGUAUGCCUGUCUUGUUUCCUGGCAACUAUCUCAUUGGGGAAGGGGAAGAGUCAAACACACACACACACAAACAUGGAAAUAACUCAUGCCAACCAGCCUUAAACAGGGCCCUGAAGUCCAUGGGCUUUGCCACUUUCCCCACAUUAACCUGACCUCCAUCCUGAAUGCAGCUCUGUGAAUGCUUCCACAUGCUGAUACAGCUUUACUGUUUCAAUCUGAGAGUCCACAUAUGCUUCUCUGUAUAAACAUUUCUUUCUUUUUAUGAACUAUAGGAAUAAGUUGGUUGUUCUUCAUGGUUUGGAUUUAACUUGGUUUUCUUUCCUGACCAAAAACCAAAAGUUGCGCCCUGUCUUAGGCCUGCUGUGGGGAACACAUGGCUUCCCUGUAGUAGAACAUCACUUGUCACCUAUGCAGUCGUGUGUUGCUGUUGUAAUCACCUCAAAUAUUUAUUUAUUUAUUUAUUUAUUUAUUUAUUUAUUUAAUCUGUUCAUUCAUUAGGAUAUGUAUAUCUGAAGAUGUCAGCAUAUAGUAAAAUUUAAGACAAUAAACAAUCAUUUAAAAAAAAACUAAAACUACAUUAAAUUGUUUUUCACUGAAAAACCGACAAUUUAAAACCAGUUAAAAUAAAUUUAAAAUAACGCCAAUUAUAGCACAUGUGCAAGUUGGAUAAAAUCAAUAGGUCUCAAAAGCCUUAAUGAGAAGCCAUAUUUUCACAUGGCAUUAAAUGACACCAGUAUUGGUAUAAAUCAGUCCUUCGAAGGGUGCAUGUUUCAUAAGUGCCACAGUUGGGAAGGCCCUCUCCCAAGUCAUCCAACAAUAUAUUGCUCACACUGGUGGGAGACUGAAAAGAGCCCCUCCAAUAGAUCAUAACCCCCAGGCAGGCAUUUAUAGGGAGAAGUCCUCCCUUAGGUAUCAAGGUGCCACUUAGGGCUUCAAAUGUUAUCACCAUUUGUUAAGAUUCUUGAUGACUCAGAACUGGGACUCCAAAGACUAGGGUUUGAUUUUCUCCUUGAGCAUAGAAAUUUAAUUAGUUAUCUUCAUGACUCAUCUACUCUCAGGCCUAGAAAACCCUGUGAUAAAUUGAAAUAACUUGAAGGUAUACAACAACUGCAUAAUACUGUAAAUUGACCCAAUGCUUACCUCAGUAGUGAUGUUAUCCCAUGUUGACAUAGGACAUACUCUCACCACUUUACCAUUAUUUCUGAAUUACUACCUUGGACUUCUGCUAACUUGACAAUCCUUCCUCAAGGAGUCAUCAACUAAUCUCCCAGAAGUAACCUGUAAACAACACAAGUCUAAAGUUCUCUGUGCAAUUCUAUGGUAUGCUUCUGGCCAAAGUAUAAUCAACUUUUAUAUUCACUAUUAUACACAGAUUUGGAUAUCCACUGUGGGUCUUGAGGUCAUAAUGGACUUACUUGCAUAGACACAUCUUUUCAUCUAUUGUGUAUUGCCACCUACAUCAUUUUAACAAAUGGCAUUUGGCUAAAUAUGUUCUUUUACUGUUUCUUUAAAAAAAUAGGCAGAAAACAUUCUUUGCAAUUGAAAUCCUGUGUUGUUAUACCAUAUCUUUGUAUUUGGGAAGUAGAAAAAAAUAAUCACUAUUUCCUCAACCUUUGCAUUUAUUUAAACAAAUCAAAAAGUGAUUUUUUUUGUUUAAAAACCUACAUACAUUGAGACAACUGACAAUUUUAUAUGUGUUUUAUAUGUGUGUUUUUUUAUAUAUUUGUUUUCCCAGGCCAACUUGGGUGCUCAUGUAUUGUUUUCUCUGUCAUUUAGGGAAGUGAUAUCCUAGGCAACCAACAGAGUUACAUUUUGGGCCUCAUUGCACAAGUUCUUAUGUUUUAAAGCAUAGUGUCACAAUGCUGGUGAUAUUUAAUCACUGUUGGGAGUGGACAGAGCUAAGUCUAACAAAGUUAAUUGCAGCACUGAGAGAUAAUGGUCAAGUAUGGGGAGCAUUUAUUUUAUGCAUAUGCCACCUCCCCCCACCCCUAGCAUGGGCCAAAGGCUAGAAUAAGGUAUACUACAGACAGUAUUGAAAUAAUGUUAUAUACAGAAUACAUUGUACAUGAGGGAAGAACUUGCAGCCUUCCAUAAAGUUAUAAACUGCAGCUCCCAUCAUGCAUGAUGGGAAAUGAAGUGCAACAUCACCUGGAAGGCUAGAAGUUCUGUGUCCUUGUUGUACAAACUCAGACCUCAUAGGUAUUAUUACCAUCUGUAGUACUGCUUUCUGCAAACUGGAAUGCCCGAAACCACAUUAUCACCUCACAUCAUAAUAGAAGACACACCACUGAUGGAAAUCUUCAUGCUGUGCAUCCAUUUUUCACUAGAAGUGUGAGUAGAUGCCAAGACAUUGUUGGGUCCAUUUGAUUCCAUUGUGCAUAAUACAGAACAUAUAAAGCUCUUGAUGUGAAAUGUUGUCUGCUCUUGAAAGCUUCUCCUUCCCUUGACCACUUUUCGACCUGAGAAGACAUUUGAGUGUUCUUAAAGAUACAUGUCAGCCAUUGCCUCAGAUUACCCAUCUAUUUGAAAGUAUGACUUCUCAUAAAGAGUCUCCAUGUCUAAUAUAUUACAUUUUCGAAAUGCACAGGGUGAUUUUGUGAUAAGAUUGUUAUCAUGCUAGGGAUCUCCCUUCCCCAUGUUUUCUGAGGUAUUAUAGUCCUGCUGAAGACUGUACCACAUACCUGUCUGAAUGUUUGGACUGCCACCUGCCAGGUCUGUUGGUGGAGAGAGCUGUGUUUAAUCUGGAAAUGACUGGUGCCGUGGUGCUGUAUCUGUCUCCAAACUCAGACUCCCUUCAUGUGUUUGUGUGUCUUGCCCACCUAGAGUGGUGACAAUGCUCCAUUUACUGCCUUAUUAGCACAGAACACUGUAGCUUAAUUGUUAAACUAAAUAGACUUAAUGUUUACACUGACGGGCUUUCUUCCUGUAAUCAACAGAGGUGGCUGGCAGUUGCCUGGCAGACGCCCCUUUCCAAUGCUUGGCUCAGAAGCCUUUCAAUUGGUCUAAUUUCAAGUAAGAAAAGAGGAAGAUUUUAAUUAUUCUCCAGUACAUUCCAUUUGCGGGUAGUUCGGAGAGGGAAAGGGCUCCAUUAAGCCUCCUGAUCUUUCACAUUUUGAUACCUGAGCAAAGGUGGGAUUGCUGUAGCCUUGGCUCAGAGCUGCCUUUUGGCCUCCAUCCUCCUUUCAUAGGGAUGGAAGAUACUGUUCCAUGCCCAGAAUGGGUGGCAACACACAUUUCCUGCCAGGCAAAGGCCACGCUGCAUUGAGGUCUCGUGUUGGCGUGGAAAGUGAGAGACUGGUCCAAGAUGUCUUCAGAAAAGCUUAAUGUGUUUACAAGAAAGGGCAGAUCAUUUUCUGAAUGCAAAGUCCUUCAUGUGCUCAUCAUUCUCUUAAUAUGACGUAUAAUGCUCAAAAAAAGAGCUUGUUUACACUAUUUAUUUCUGAUUUAUAUAUGUAUAUAUAUCUUGCCAAACCAGGGUCCAAAUUUUCUAUUUGUCACAUGGAUUUUUACAGAGACCUGUCUCCUGCUUUCUUUCAAUACUGUUUAUAGACUUUCCACCUGCUUUGUGACUCAAUGGAUGUCUGUACUAUUUAUUAAUCACAAAAAUGCUGGUUUGUUGGUUGGGAGAUUUCUGGGUUUUUUGUUCUUGUUUUUAGAUGGAUUUAUAUUGGAACCAGACUUUUAAAAAUAUUAACAGGCUUGCUUUCUUUUGGAUUUGGUCCAGUGUAGAAGAGGGUUUGUCAUCAAAGGAAAGCCCUAUAUCCCUCUCCCUCCCCCCUCUCUUUCACGUACACACACACACACACACACACACCUCUUACUUUUAAUAGUAAUGUCACAAUAAACCAUCAUGUGAUUUAUUGAACUGAUUGGUUAUGAUGUCCAAAUCAACCUCUGCUAACAAGGUUAUGGAUGUUAGCUUGUCUCAAAACACAAGUUGAAUCCAUGAUUGGUACUUAGCUUGCAAAUCCUAGCUUCUGUAACCACAUUUUGUGACCUAUAAACCAACAUCUGAGAUAUGUCCCUGUCAGUUCAUGGUCAUAGUUCAUCAAACCAUGGUUUCCCUUGCUGUACCUCUCAGCUUGAUUAACAUAGAAAGUUUCUCUUCCUUCCAAAAAUGUUGUGGUGUUGUGCAUAAAUAAAUAAAAGGAAUACACAAAAUUGUGUACAGAUCUCCCUGGUCAAUGAAAUCAGUCUUGUAAUGUUUCACCAGUUUGUAAGUUUGGUGAAGAAGGCAAGUUUCAUGCCUUGAGGCAUUUCUACUUGCCUCUUUGGGUGAGCAAAAAAUCCAUCAAAUUCCCAAACGCUCAAUAAAGGAUGUGUGCCAAAAAGGAGAAAGACACUGAGUAAAUGGAGUGAAGUGUCAGUCUCUCUCAUGCCUUCCAGGAGUCUGCUGAAUUGCUGGUGUUGACAGCAAGUACUCAGCACUGCCUUGAAGCUCAGAAUGUUCCUGGAAAGAAGAGUCUUCUCCUCUUUCCUAAAAGUGGUAGUUAUCUUGCAAAUCUGCAUAGCAGUUCUUUGAUUGUACAUGUGGUGGCCUAGACUCUGGAGAGCAUUUGUUUUGGUUGGUUAAUAAAACUUUUGUCCCUUUCCCCCUGGUUUGUUGGUGGGAGGACAGAGAGGUCUGUGGGCUUCCUCCCUAGCCAUGUAAAAUUGUAUCAUGAAAGUGACACGUUUGGAAAUAAAAUAUAAAACACUACA